GGUUCUCCCGUUUCCGGAAGAAGAAAAACAACGUUUCUGAUUUUUAUUUGUUCAUUUGUUUAAUUUUCCAUGAAGAAGUACUUAAAAAAUUCGAUAUACAACACAGAAAAUGACUAGCCAAAGUGAAUUAACAAAAUUAAGUGAUGAAAGUUUGGCGCGACCUCCAGACGAAGUGUUUGAUAUUAUUUGUAAGAUAGGACGAGGUGACCCCCUAAAGAGAUUACAAGAGGAUGACCUCACACGACCCCCAGAGGAGGUGUUCGACGUGUUGGGCAAGUUGGGCGAGGGGUCCUAUGGCAGUGUGUACAAAGCACUCCACAAGGAGUCGGGACAGGUCCUGGCCAUCAAGCAGGUUCCUGUUGAUACCGACCUGCAGGAGAUCAUAAAGGAAAUCUCCAUCAUGCAGCAGUGCGACAGUACCUUCAUUGUCAAAUACUACGGCAGCUACUUCAAAAACACAGACCUAUGGAUCGUGAUGGAGUAUUGCGGAGCUGGUUCAGUAUCUGACAUUAUGAGACUUCGCAACAAAACACUGUCUGAAGAUGAGAUAGCUACCAUCUUGUUUGAUACACUGAAGGGUCUAGAGUAUUUACACUCGCGACGGAAAAUACACAGGGAUAUCAAGGCAGGGAACAUCCUCCUUAACACAGAAGGGCACGCCAAACUGGCAGACUUCGGCGUGGCAGGACAAUUAACGGACACAAUGGCCAAAAGAAACACUGUGAUAGGCACACCAUAUUGGAUGGCUCCAGAGGUUAUACAGGAGAUUGGGUACGACUGUGUAGCAGAUAUCUGGAGUUUACGUAUAACAGCAUUAGAAAUGGCCGAAGGAAAACCACCCUACGGAGAUAUUCAUCCUAUGAGAGCAAUAUUUAUGAUACCCACGAAGCCUCCUCCCUCCUUUCGGAACCCAGACAAGUGGUCGCCAGAAUUUAUAGACUUUGUCUCCAAGUGUCUCAUCAAAAAUCCAGAACAGAGAGCUACAGCACCGGAACUUAUGAACCAUGAAUUUAUAAAGAAUGCCCAGCCGUGUACAAUAUUACAAGAUAUCAUCAAAGAAGCCAAAGAGAUUCUUACCGCACAAACUUCAGCUACCACGAAUGGUGAUGACUCGGGAGAGGAAGAUGACGUGGACUCGGGUACCAUGUUACAUAAAAGAGAUGACACAAUGAAAUCUCAGUCGGGAUCGGUGGGGACACUGGUGCCUAGCAACAGUGGGACGGUGAUCGUGAACAGCGAGGCGGGAACCAUGGUGGAGUCCGAACUUGGAACCAUGGUCAUUAACGAGGACACGUCUGACGAUGACUCAACAAUGAAACGAGUGGAUAGUGACUAUGCUAGCUCGCUAGUCAGAAAACAUGACACAGGACAUGACACCGAUCAAGGGGGGAAAGAUAAAUAUCGGCCGGCCUACCUUGAUCACUUUGAGAAGAAAGAACAGGACAAGACUCCCCCCGUGACCCGCCCGUCAACUCAGGCUCUACCUCCCCUCCAGUCACCAUUAUCACAGCCCAAACAGGUCACGCCUCCACACUACUUUCAACGGUCCUUCAUAGAUGGAGAUUUUGAAUUUUUACGAAACCUAGCUUACGAAGAUUUAGAGAAACGGUUGUCAGAUUUAGAUCCUGAAAUGGAACGUGAAAUUGACGAGUUACGUGCAAGGUACCAAGCGAAGCGUCAACCAAUCCUUGAGGCGAUAGAUGCCAAGAAAAAACGACAGAAUAAUUUUUGAAAAACGAGAUUAGGAAAUGUUUAAUUUACAAAACUUGUGCUGACUGACCUGGCCUUUAUCGACGACUGUGUCGGGUGUUAGUCAUGUGUCUUUCGGCAUCCAGUAGAGGCAGUCUUGGAUAUAUAGCUCUGUGCCCCUGGGCCUUCGGUGGAGACUUUCAUGGGUGUUAACGGUGUGUUUCCACGUCUUCAACAGAGAUCGCCUCAGACGGAUGUGUCGGCUGAAGAAAGGAUGCUUGGCAAUCAGUUGAAUGAUUAAAAUGGUGUUCAGCUUAGAUUUAUUUUGUUGAUAGCUCAGAAUCAACAGUAAUAACAGUAAACGUGUCAUUAAUUUGACAACCUGGACUCUCAUAUUUCCAGAAAGUCUUUUGCAAACGGUAUGUUUGAGAUCACUUGCAAAGAACUUUUGGAAAUUCAAAAUGAUUUUAGUUUGAAUAUACAUUAUGAUAUCCUAUUUAUUGCGACACAAUGGCCUUGAUAUACAACUUUUAGAUUUCGUUUACCUGAAUGACAGUCGCAAAGUUAAAGUGAAAAUCUACAAUGCUUUGAAAACUUUGGGUCCUCGUCAUUUUAUCACUUAAAUGCACCAAGAGCAUAGCUUAUGUAUUGUCAGCUUAACAUUUAAGUUAUUGACUUUAAUACAUAGAGUUUGUCUGUAACUGAGCUCAGACAGAUUUCAACUGUCUCCUCUUUGAAACAUGUAGGUGUGUAAGGCCUGGAGUUUGAGCUAGGCGUUGUUGUAAUGGCAUGGUCCUACUUUCAGUUCCUGUCCAGUAUAUUAUUGUGCAGUGUGCUCAUCUUCUUGUUUCGAUAAAAACAAAUGUUUACAAUUGCAAAAAUGUGGUUGUUAAACUUCGCUAUAGAUAUUUCCAACCAUUGUCUUUAAAUGUAUACUUGACAAUUCUUGUCCCUGUUGCCCAAUAUACCGGACAAGAUUUCUGUACAUCCUUCCCUGUCGUCUAGUAUGGACAAGAUUUUGAGUACUCUUUUCUAGUAAGCUGGAAAGGAUUUUGAAUAUUCCCAUUCCAGUGGUCUUGCUAGAUGGACAAUUUUUUCCUGUUAUCUGGUAUGGUGGACAAGUAUUCUGGUUCUUCAUUAUAGUAUACUGAAUAGGAUUUUGAAUAUCUCCAUCCAUAUUGUCUAGCAUACUGGGCACAUUGAAUAUUCCUAUCUGUUUAAUAGCUAUACAUACUGGUCAAUAUUUCAGUCACACACACCCUCCCCCGUAAGCUGGACAGGAAUUUGAGUAUGCCCAUCCCUGUUGUCUAGUAUGCUAGUGUGUGGUAUGUACAAUUCUUUAAAAUGUCAGAAAUUUAAUAGGUCAAUUAAAAUAACCUUACUGCUCUAUAUCUUUCAUAUAUUGAAAUAUUGCAAAUUGAAAGAUUAAUUAGCGGGGACCCAUUUUUAAAGACAAAGUAAAUUAAUGUUGAAUUUUACAGUUUCGUAUUUAGGUUCAUUUCUAGAAAACCAGAAGUGAAACAUUUCUUUCAGUUUUCAUGAUUAUAACACUUGAAAGAUUUUCGUUUCAAACUAAACUAAUAUGUUUGUUUUUGAGAGAACUAUUUAAAUGUUACAAGGACUGAUGUUUUAAUAGAUCCUUUAUAUUAAAAACUUUUAAGCUUUCUUUUUGACACAUUUUGAGAUUAGUUUCUUACAGUUUUAAGUUUAUUUUGAACCGAUAUAGAGAGUAUUGAGUCAAAGAUUAUUUUAUAGAAAGUUGUUGAUGAACUGGUGUAAAAAUUAUUAAUAUACAACUGCCUUACAGAAUUGUGAAUGUGAGCAAUCAGCAAUGAAUAUCAGUUAAAGAUUGUAUAAAAUGUAAAUUUAAAGAAUUCUAUUGAAACUAUAGUGAGAACUUAUUUUACAGCUACAAUAUUAAUUGUGUUUUAUAUCAUUUAUGUAUGUUGAACUACCAGCUUAUUGCUUUUAAUACUUUUACUUGUCCCAAAAUUCUUCAACAAGAUUAAAGAUAAAAAUUAUACCAUCUCAGAAGAAAGAUAACAUCAGUAUUUCUUUGAAUUUAAUGCGAUAACGUCUUUAUAAUUUCUGUUGUGUAAAAGAAAGUUUUUAAAAAUUGCAUGCAAGUAAUUUUCAUCAUUCAAAAGGGGAAAAAAAGUGUUAUUUUUUAAUUUAACAUUUUUUUUAAACAUUAUUUUCAUCUUCAUGUAAUUUCA